GCCUGGACCAAGGCAUUGUGGGAAGGACAACGGAGCUGGCACGGCCGAGGAAAGCGCACAGCUCGAUUUCACGUAUCUCCUCGACUUUUCAUCACUUUUCGGGGCUCUAAGCUCAGAGGACCGACGGAAACCCCUCGAAGCUGAUGUCAGCGGGCCCAGUAGAGGGUGAGCGUAUGCCGGUGUCGUCGCUGCUCUCCUGCGCAGGGGCGCUCAGAGCGGAGGAGCGGGGAACGGUGUCAGUGGACCGCGGCGUCUGUGUUUUCUUUUCCAAGUGAGACGAAUAAAGUAGCGACGGAUUAUAUCCCCGCAGUGAAAGGGUGGCGGGCGACAGCGCUCCCACGGUCCACAACUUCCAGAGUUUCGCGUGAUUUCGGUCGAAGACAACGUCGAAGAUGUCGACCAGCAGCCCCGAAGCGGUGAAGAAAUUGCUGGAGAACAUGCAGACGGACCUGCGGUCUCUCUCCAUGGAGUGCAAGAAGAAAUUCCCUCCUGUCAAAGAGGCUGCCGAGUCUGGCAUCGUGAAGAUUAAGACCAUUGCAGCCAGGAACACAGAUAUACUGGCAGCAUUGAAGGAGAACAGCUCAGAAAUUGUGCAACCUUUCCUGAUGGGUUGUGGCACCAAAGAGCCAAAGAUCACCCAGCUGUGUUUAGCUGCCAUUCAGAGGCUCAUGUCUCACGAGGUGGUGUCAGAGGCAGCGGCGGGAAACAUCAUCAACAUGUUGUGGCAGCUGAUGGAAAUCGGUUUGGAGGAGCUGAAGCUUCUACAGACAGUUCUGGUUCUACUAACCACCAACACGGUGGUUCAUGAUGAAGUUCUCUCUAAGGCCAUCGUGUUGUGUUUCCGUCUCCACUUUACCAAGGACAACAUCACAAACAACACGGCAGCCGCCACCGUCAGGCAGGUUGUUACUGUGGUGUUUGAGAGGAUGGUGGCAGAGGAUGAGCGGUUCAAAGGCAUUGUGGAGCAGCCCCCUCCCGUCCAAGGAAAUACCAACCGGCGGUCGGUUAGUACUCUGAGACCCAGCGCCAAAGAUGCAUACAUGCUGUUUCAGGACUUGUGCCAGUUAGUCAAUGCUGACGCCCCCUACUGGCUGGUGGGGAUGACCGAAAUGACCCGGACCUUCGGCCUGGAGCUGCUCGAGUCUGUUCUCAACGAUUUCCCUGGCGUGUUUCUGCAGCACCAGGAGUUCAGUUUCCUGCUGAAGGAACGAGUCUGUCCUCUGGUCAUCAAGCUCUUCUCACCCAACAUCAAGUUCCGACAAGGCGCAUGCGGCGCCGCCACGCCCGCUCCUGUGGAGAAACCAUACUUUCCUAUUUGUAUGAGGUUGCUGCGAGUGGUUUCAGUCCUCAUCAAGCACUUCUACCGUUUACUGGUGACGGAGUGUGAGAUCUUCUUGUCGUUGCUGGUGAAGUUUCUUGAUGGGGAGAAGCCCCAGUGGCUCAGAGCAGUGGCCGUGGAGUCGGUCCACAGGCUGUGUGUGCAGCCUCAUUUACUCUGUUCCUUCUGUCAGUCUUACGACAUGAAGCAGCACUCCACCAAGGUGUUCAGGGACAUCGUUAACGCUCUGGGAUCCUUCAUCCAGUCCCUCUUCAUCGUCCCUAAUGCUAGCAUCGCUGCCGCCAUCACUGCACCAGCUGGUGGGUCAGGUUCGGGGGCUCAGGCCGCUGCUCAGGGCGGUCCGGGAGCAGGAGGGGUCAGCAACACCAUGACCACCCAGGCUGCGUUUGAGUAUCGGGGUACCUGGAUCCCCCUCAUGACCAUCAGCGUCCAGGGCAGCGCCAAGGCUACGUAUUUAGAGAUGCUGGACAAAGUCGAGCCCCCAUCCAUCCCAGAGGGCUACGCCAUGUCUGUGGCCUUCAGCGCCCUGCUCGACCUGGUGAGGGGCAUCACCUCCAUGAUCGAGAGAGAGCUGGCAGUGGAGGAGGAGGCAGCCGCAGAGUUCAGGGAGACUCACCCCGACCUGGAGUGGAAGCCACAGCGUGGGUCCCACUUGGUCUGGGAAGAGAUGGUCAACGCCAGUUGGUGUGGUCUCCUUGCUGCCUUGUCUCUGCUGCUGGAUGCCAGCACCGACGAGACGGCUACAGAAAACAUCCUAAAAGCCGAGCUGACCAUGGCCUCGCUGUGCGGUCGGCUGGGCCUGGUGACGCCUCGGGAUGCCUUCAUCACAGCCAUCUGCAAGGCCUCUCUGCCGCCACACUACGCCCUGACCGUUCUCAGCAACAACACCACCAACCUGUCCAGCAAAGCCUUCUCCAUCCAGGGCCAGAGUGUGCAGAUCAUCAGCCCAUCCAGCGAGUCUCACCAGCAGGUGGUGGCUGUAGGGCAGCCUCUGACCGCCCAGCCCCAGGGCACCGUGGUGCUGACCGCCAAAAACAUCCAGUGCAUGCGGACGCUGCUGAAUCUGGCCCACUGCCACGGCGCCGUGCUGGGCACCUCCUGGCAGCUGGUCCUGGCCACACUCCAGCAUUUAGUUUGGAUUCUUGGACUCAAACCAGGGAUUGGCGGUGCCUUGAAGCCUGGCCGAGCAGUGGAGGGGCCCAGUACCGUGCUGACCACAGCAGUCAUGACCGACCUGCCUGUGAUCUCCAACGUUCUGUCCCGGCUGUUUGAGAGCUCCCAGUACCUGGAUGACGUGUCCUUGCACCACCUGAUCAAUGCUCUGUGUUCUCUCUCACUGGAGGCCAUGGAAAUGGCUUUUGGGAAUAACAAGGAGCCGUCUCUAUUUGCAGUCGCCAAGUUAUUGGAAACGGGCUUGGUCAACAUGGAUCGCAUUGAGAUCCUGUGGAGACCACUGACGGGCCACUUGUUGGAGGUCUGCCAACACCCAAACUCCAGAAUGAGGGAGUGGGGCGCUGAGGCGCUGACGGCACUCAUUAAAGCUGGACUCGCGUACAAACACGACCCUCCACUGGCCCUCAAUCUGCGGCUGCAGCUCCUCUUGCUGAACCCCCUGAAGGAGUUGUCCAAUGUUCUUCACGCCGACAUCCGACAAAAACAGCUGGAGUGUGUCCUGCAGAUCCUGCAGAGCCAGGACGACUGCCUGGGGCCCGGCUGGCCCCUGGUCUUAGGUGUUAUAGGAGCCAUUCGUAAUGACCAGGGCGAAUCGUUGAUCCGAACAGCCUUCCAGUGCCUGCAGUUGGUGGUGACGGACUUCCUUCCCACCAUGCCUUGCACGUGCCUCCAGAUUGUAGUGGAAGUAGCCGGCAGCUUCGGCCUUCAGAACCAGGAGCUCAACAUCAGCCUGACGUCUAUCGGCUUACUGUGGAAUAUUUCUGACUACUUUUUCCAAAGAGGUGAGGCCAUCACCCAGGAGCUCGAGAGGGAGGAGGAAGUCCUGCAGAAGCAGGCUCAGGAGAAAGGAGAGACCCUAAACAGGCCGUUCCACCCCGCCCCUCCCUUCGACUGCCUCUGGCUGUGCCUGUACGCCAAGCUGGGCGAGCUGUGUGUCGACCCACGGCCGGCUGUCCGUAAAAGUGCCGGACAGACGAUGUUCUCUACCAUCACCGCCCAUGGAACCCUGCUGCAGCGUCCGACAUGGCACAUUGUGGUCUGGAAGGUUUUGUUCCAGCUGUUGGAUUGUGUGAGGACAGCGUCCACCACAGCAGACAAGGAGAAGAUUGAGUCAGGUGGUGGGAACAUCCUCAUCCAUCACUCACGUGACACUGCUGAGAAGCAGUGGGCAGAGACGUGGGUGCUGACGUUAGCUGGGGUGGCUCGCAUUUUCAACACCAGGCGAUAUCUCCUCCAGCAGUUAGGGGAUUUCUUUGAGGCCUGGGAGGUUCUGCUGAACCACAUUCAGUCUGCAGCUCUUAGUAAAAACAACGAGGUCUCCCUGGCUGCUCUCAAGAGUUUCCAAGAGAUCCUGCAGAUCGUUACUCCUGUUAAAGACUCAGACAAGGCAGGGGAUGCACUCGCCACCAUGGGCGUUCCCCCAGUCCUCGUUGACCCCCUCUCAGCCUCUGGUCCUGGCAGACCCCUGGUCCGUUCAGACUCAAUGGUGGAAAGACUAACGAGGUACAUUGGAGCCGAGUUGCAGGCACCGCCGCCAGGCGAGGAGUCCGCCCUGGAGGACUCGACUCUGUGGUGGUCUGCGUGGAACACGUGGUACCGAACAGGAACGGAAAGCACACGGCCCCCUAGUGGGCCAACAGAAAAGCUCUCAUUCAUUCCAAGCCAGCCCUUCCUCACAGCGCUGAUCCAGAUUUUCCCAGCCCUUUACCAGCACAUCAAAGCCAACUUUAGUAUGGAGGAUCUAAAAAAGCUGGGGGUCAUCCUCCACGGGGCAGUGUCUGUGCCCAUCAGCAGCGACGCCUCACCCUUCAUCCUCCCCUCCUACACCGAGGCCACGCUCACUAGUCUGCAGGAAGCUGUUCUCACUGCUCUGGAUGUUCUGCAGAAGGCCAUCUGUGUGGGCCCAGAGAACCUGCAGGUCAUGUACCCGGCCAUCUUCGAACAGCUGCUGCUCUUCGUAGAGUUCUCCUGCAAACCUCCUCAGUAUGGCAGGAUGGAAACCAAACACGUAGCCAACGCCAAAUACAACCAGAUCCAGCUGUUUGCUCCGGCAGAAUGGGUUGCCUUAAACUAUGUGCCCUUUGCUGAGCGCUCCUUGGAGGUGGUGGUGGACAUGUACCAAAAAACAGCUUGCCACAAAGCCGUCAUCAACGAGAAAGUCCUGCAGAACAUCAUCAAGACACUGAAGACGCCCCUGGGUCUGAAGUAUGCCUGUCCCUCAGAGAGCACCUGGAAGCUGGCGGUGGCAUCGCUGCUGAAGGUUCUGUCCAUCGGGCUGCCGGUCGCACGCCAGCAUUCCUCGUCUGGGAAGUUUGACACUAUGUGGCCUGAGUUGGUCAAUGCCUUUGAAGACUUUCUAUUCACUAAAAGCACUCCCCCUGAUAACGUGUCCAUCCAGGAGUUUCAGAAGAAUGAAGCCAUUGAUGUUGAGGUGGUCCAGUUGAUCAGCACCGAGAUUUUACCGUUUGCCAAUUUCAUCCCCAAAGACUUUGUGGCCCAGAUCAUGACCAUGCUCAACAGGGGUUCCAUUCACUCCCAGGCGCCCUCGUUCACAGAGGCAGAGAUCGAUGUGAGGAUGCGGGAGGAUUUUUCCAAGGUUUGUUUUGAGACGUUGCUACAGUUUUCUUUUAGCAACAAGGUGUCUACUCCCCAGGAGGGCUACAUCUCUCGAAUGGCGCUCUCUGUACUCCUCAAGAGAUCUCAAGAUGUUCUCAGACGCUACGUAGAGGAUGAGCGGUUGAGCGGGCGCUGCCCUUUACCGAGGCAACAAGUGACGGAGAUUAUCUUUGUCUUGAAGGCUGUUAGCACUUUGAUGGAUUCACUUAAAAAGACACAGCCAGAAAAUGUGGAUGGUAACACGUGGACGCAGGUGAUUGCCUUGUACCCAACACUUGUGGAGUGUGUGACCUGCUCCUCCUCCGAGGUGAGCUCAGCCCUGAAGGAGGCCCUGGGGCCUUUUAAAGACUUUAUGCAGCCACCUGUCUCCAAAGUCCAGAACGGGGAGUCAUGACUGGGUUCAGUCUAAGCUCCUUGUUUUUAUAAUGAAGGAACCAUGAACCUGUAUUCUGAUCCUGGGUGCUUCACAAGUGCUUGGACAUGAACUCCACACGAACUCCAUGUAUGACAGGAAGCAGCCCCACAAGGCCGGCUCAGACCGCACCAAAGACCGCGGACUUCACUCACAUUAUUAUGUGCUUUUCACGAGCCCUCCUCCAUUUCAUACAUACAAGCUGCAGGAGUUAAAACGUUGCAGUGUUGCCUCUGGGGUUACGUUUUUUUUUUUUUUUUUUUUUGGAUGAGGCUGUGUUAAUGUACAGUGUGUGGUGAUAAUAUUGAUUAUUAAGAAAUAAAGCUAAUGAACUGGGGCUUUAUUGAUCUUAAAGAUGAACACUUUGACUUUUGUUAACAUUUUCCACAGUGAAUUUCUUGCAGGUUGUAUGCAAGAUGAUGAGUUUAACUUAACAUUCCAUGUCAUCUUUAGCCAGCUGUCUGAGAAGGGAUGUACAUGUCUGUGUGAAAUAAACAGGACGAUUCAACGCUC